AUGUUGCUCUCUGGUUUCCUACAAGGCCCUUUACGGCGACUGGAAGUUUUGCUUUGCCAGUUAAAGCAAAACUUACGUUUUCCAGAGCCUGCUUUCGAGUUCCUUGUUACUCAGCUGCUAGCUCGAGGAAGAGUGAUCUGGGGCUCCACGACUCCGGUUUAUAUAACUCUUUCGGCUGGCGGUGGGGACAAAAUAAGCUUUGCCAUUGGUCCGGGAGCUCCUAUACCCCUUCCGCUGUAUUUGGACUGGCGCGCAUUCUUGCGGCGCAUCGCGGCUUCCGAGUCGCCUGACCCGCGAGCUCCGAUUUUCCUUGACACGGUCUUUGGCUCGCGCGCACCUUUACGGCGCAUCGCGAUUCCCGAGCUGCUUACUUGGCGGUAA